AUGAAGAAUAAGGAGGAGCUGAUGAAGGAGAAAGCCGAACGUGCUAAAAGGGAUCGCGAGGAGCGCGCAAUGCGCGUGAAAAUGAACAAUAAGAAGAAGGAGGAGGAAGCGAUGGAGAAGCUGCGAAUUAUAAAAAUGCGCGAGCAGCAAAUUGAAGCGCUGAAGCAGCAGCAACGGAUGCCUCCACGCGCCAUCUCAAAGUCGCCCUGCCGCACUAGGUUGUAG